GAGGCAGGUCAAUCAGGCAGUUUUGGUUGGCCAAAUUCAUUUGGCGUUGGUGACAAGUGGCAGCGUUCGGAGAGCAAAUCUUACAUUAGUUUAGCGGCUCGUCAAGCCACAGAAAACCAAUUUAUUCCGAUAUGCUCAGUGCCAAUAAGCUUAUUCACUGUCUGACCAAAAAUAAUUAUUGCAAAUUAACUAUUUUACGCACAUUCUCAGCUGGUAGCAUCGAUGCGAUGUCUCAGCCUAUUGAUUAUGACAGAUUUAUCAAUGAUCUGUCUGCAAGGCGAAAAGUGUCUCCCAUCAGAGAGCUAACAAAACUCUUCACAACUGCUCCACCAGGGACAAUAUUCCUUGCAGGAGGCAUUCCAAAUGGCUCUACAUUUCCCUUCAGUCGUAUGACAGUAGAGUUGAAAGAUGGAACAACCUUCAAACUCGAAGGCAAGAAGAUUGAAAAUGCCCUGCAAUAUCAACCAACACCUGGGUACCCUCCACUUGUUGAGCAGCUGCAGAAGUUUCAAACGCAAGUGCAUGGAUUGGACUCGACAUUCUGGCAAAAGAAUAGUUUGCUAGUUUCGACCGGAAGCCAGGAUGCGCUUUGCAAAGCCCUAGAAAUGAGUCUUAGCGAAGGCGAUCCGAUUUUGGUUCAAGAGCCGAUUUAUCCAGGAACAUCUGCCAUUAUAAGACCACUUAAUGCAAAUAUGGUACCAAUUGGCCAAGAUGAACAUGGAAUUGUGCCAUCUGCUCUGAGGAGUGCGCUCUCUAAUUACGGUUCUUCUGAGAAAGUGUCAGCCAUGAAGAAAGACGUUCCAAAACUCUUGUACCUGAACUCGACGGGAGCAAAUCCAACUGGAGCCACGAUUCCAACUGAGAGAAAAAAAGAAAUCUACGACAUUGCCUGUGAAUUCAAUCUAGUUAUUCUUGAAGACGAUCCAUACUAUUUUUUGCAUUUUGAGGAGAAAGACCCUGUCAGUUUUCUCUCAAUGGAUCGAGAAAGCCGAGUCUUGCGUUUUGACUCCUUCUCUAAAAUCUUGAGUUCCGGUCUGCGCGUUGGCUUUGUGACCGGCCCCAAAGAGCUAGUCAGCAGAAUCGAGCUGCACACGCAGGCUUCCACCAUGCACACCUCGGCCCUUUCCCAGGCCAUUGUCAGCAGCCUUUUGGACGAGUGGGGUAGCGAAAAAUUGCUGCAGCAUUUCAAAAUGAUCCAGCAGUUCUACAAGGGAAAGCGGGACUGCAUGUUGGCUUCCGCCGACAAGCACCUGAAGGGCUUGGCAGAGUGGAGCGUGCCAAGGGCUGGAAUGUUUUUGUGGAUAAAAGUGCCCGGCAUCGCCGACACUAAGAAGCUUAUAACCGAGGGUGGAAUUGAGCACGGCGUGAUUCUAGUGCCUGGAAAAGAUUUCUUGGCCUACGAUGAUGCACAGAGUCAAUACUUCCGCGCCUCUUACACAGUUGCUUCUCCGGAAGACAUUGAUAAGGGUUUCGCUCGUUUGGCCAAUCUGAUCAAGGCUGAAAUUGCUUAGUGUUCAAAAGAGUACAACUUGCUGUGUGAGACCCCAUUUCAUGACUGAUAUAUUUUUGAUAUGAAGAUAAAUAUGCACAAAAUAUUUUUUACUUCCUCUUUUAAAGGGCGUUGUUUCCGUUUCAAUAUUAAUGUCCUGUUAUUUUAUUUAGCUUUCUUUUGUUAGUUGGCAAGUCAACAAUGAAAAUUUUCAAUUUAUUUAGUCAUAUUGACUUGGCCAAUAGUUUUGUGAGCCUAUUGUUCAAAUAUGUUCUUUUAUUUGCCAUUCUGGUGUAUCUAGAGACAGGACGGGUGACAUUUCUGAACCUUUUGAUGUCUAGAAUUUUAUGACCUCGCUAAGUUUGUAAUUAAAAUUUGCCUUCAUGAUCAACUGCAACCAAAUUACAGAACUAAAUAUAAGAAGUCAAGAGACUAAUUGCGAGAUGCCAUAUUUUGAACUUAUAUACAUAUUUUUAUGGGAAAACAUUUCGUUAUCAAAACCAGUAUGGUUUAAGUGUGGGAUACUUGUCUAUAAAUAAAAAAGUUUAAAAGUAAA